AUGGAUGUCGUGGCUUCGACUACGACGGCGUUGAUAGAGCCAGAAGAAGAGAUAUGUGGAUUAAAUUUUAUUUUGGUUGCAUCAACAUGCUUUCAGUUGCUAAUGGCUGUAUUCCGUCGUUCUCUUCCAUCUUCUAUUUUUCUUUUGACACUCGCCACAUGUGACACUUUGAUAUGUCUGACAUAUACUUUGCUUUUCGGAGUGGACGCUGGAAUUUGGUACAGAAAGAAUACGACUCUUUUCUUCCUCUACCAUCGUUACAUCGUCCCUGUAUUCUUCAUUGCCAAAGUUGUACAAUUUGCGAUUCCUUUCAUUCUCAUCUUGAUCACAUUCGAACGAUAUCUCUGGACUUGUACGGAACCAAAACGACAAAUGUUCGCUGCACUUUUCAACGAACGAGGUCGUAUUGUAACAGUCAUUUUUGUCUGGGUCUUCUCAUUUGCAAUUCGGACGCCUGUGCUCUAUGCGAUGCAGGUGAAAUCGUUCCCCGGCUGCGAUGACUACUUCAGAAGUGAAUCAGUGGCUGGAACGUCGUUUGCAGAGACAGAAGCAUACGAGAUUUACGACUUCCACAUCAUUACAGCGAUUCAGAUGAUGUUCCCAUUCGUUGUCUUGUUACUUUUGAACUUCACGAUUAUCAAGAGAUUAGUUGCUGAGAAACGAGAAAAUAUGUACCCGAUUCUACGUGGCGCCGGAGUGACUACCGAAGCUAAAAAAGCUUCGUUCGUUCAGGGAAACGUUCCAGAGAACUAUGUGCUUCUUCAAGUGGCCGCAGACGUCAUCAAAGAAUCUUUGAUUCACAGUUCGGUUGCUGUGUCAUCUGAAAUCGUUGCAAACGAGGAAGCAGACGAUGUUGACUGCUCAGGUGACGUGGAUUUACCACGUCAUCGACCUUCAAUCUUUCACACCUUUGUACUGGCACUCAAGGAAUCGUCUCGAAGCAAACGAUCCCAACUCCGAAAUGCAAUUUACACGAUGAUGGCGAUUGUCACAUCAUAUUUGGUUUGCAAUGGCGUUCAUCUGUUUUUGACAAUCUUGGAACGUUUCAAUCCAUCUUAUCUUUAUGAUUCGGUUGACAGUUCUCAAUCUAGCACCUUUUAUAUUGUGUUAUCCGACACCGUAUCCAUUUGCUACAUGAUAUCGUCUGCCAUUCGUAUUUUCAUCUAUGCCAAGUGCAAUCCGAAACUUCGUCAAGAAAUCGCUGACUACAUGAAACGAGAGAAGAGUCUUGAAACGAACAGUUCCUAA